AUGGCUCUAAAAGGUCACUGUGAGAAUGGUCUUCAACUUCAACAGGAGCUCAGGAUCAAUGGCAAUGACAGUGAGGCAUCUUCACCAGACUCUGCUUCUUCUUCGAGCCUGACCAAUCUUCAAUCGAUCUCUCUAGUCUGGUAUAACAUGUUGGAUGAUUUCGUUGACGGAGGUGAAAACAACCAUUCUGCGUCAAAGUGA